GUUUGCAAUUUUAGAAUCAAUUUGUUCUGAAUGUAGUGUUUUGUUCAUAUGAAAAAAAUUGUAUCUCUUUUUAAUAGAUUCUGAAAAAAUACAUACCGUAUUAGUGUGAGAAUUCAUGUUUAAAAAAAUACCUUCCGAAGAGCCCUGUUCCCCCUUGACGUGGUUUUGUUUUGGUUCUAAUUUUCUGCAGUGUGGAGUUUGUUCUUCCGGGAGGCUUGUUUGUGAUAAAACGGAUUUAUUUCCAUAAACUAUUAGGGUUCACACACAGACGCUACGAUAAUGGUUAGCCUGGCCAUGGAUUCAGAAGACGAUGAUGAUUUGGACAUCGAGUGGAACAAUGUUGAAACGAUCAAGAAGUUUGAUUCAGCCACUUCAACCAACCUGUUGUCCGUUGUCACGCGUACUACUGCUGAGCUGCACAGUGAAGAACGUUCUUUUCAAACCCGUUUAGCAACGAAAGCAUCGGCUCCUGUGAGUCUGUUGGUAGAAAGCUUGUUACAACAGCUAUGUGCACUACUGGAACCGGAUGCAGAACGAUCGGUUGUCUUGUACAAGACAAUCUGCGAUCGAUUGCAUGCAGUCAACUUGAUAGAUGAAACGUACACGAUGGGAGAGUUCGAGAUGAUGCGCAGCCAGUACCAGAAAGCACUUUACCAUUUGGUCAGUAUUGCUCGCGGACGAGACUUACCGGUUGUUUUGCCCGAUCUGCAAGAAUACUGGCCACUUCCGGCGGGGCUCGAAUGGUCACGCUACUAUCGGGAGUUCGAAGAGAUUUCCUUCAUCGCUGGUGGUGGAUUCGGCAAGGUUUAUCGGUCCCGCAACAAACUGGACGAUAUCGUGUAUGCGGUGAAGAAGGUAACCAUCCGAUCAACCACCAUCAAGAGUGUGCUAAUACAUCUGGCUGAGGUUAAAACGCUCGCCAGUUUGAAUCAUAUCAACAUCGUACCUUACAAAGCGGCAUGGCUUGAGCCGCUUAUGUCACCGGGGAAAAACAGCGUCAACAGUACGUCGACGAUCGACGACGAAGAAAGUUCUUCGUCGGAAGAUGAUGAAGCUGACGGAACCCAUGGUACAAAAGAUUCAUUGCGGAGGCCAGAACACGAUUCUGAAGAGUUUAGCAUUCUCUUCGAGAAGAGUAACGGUGAACAAGAGCAGGAGAAUAGCGAUGAAACGAGAAACCAAAUAGCGGAAGUGGAAGAUGCUUCGAGAAGCGUUGUUAGUAUUGAAGAGUCCCAGCCGCAUAUUAACUUGAAAUGGGCUACACUUUACAUUCAAAUGACUCUCUGUCAUUUAACGUUACGUGAAUGGCUCGAUCAGCGUAAUACUGCCGAGAGCUUUUCCGAAUUUUAUGCCAACUUUUUGCACAAAGAACUUCGCUUUGUGACGUCUAUUCCACGUAAUUCCUUCUGUCGCCAAAGUUCCCAGCUUUCAAACUCUAGCGAAACUGAAGCGUUCGAUAAAGAAAUGCCGUCCAGGCGCAGUUCAGAAUCCUCUAAGGAUGAUUCCCAGACGGAGGAUAACGUGCAGCAUCUUGAUAUCGUUAUCGAUAUUUUUCAGCAACUGUUGAACGGCUUAAAUUACAUUCACUCCCGUGGCAUUGUGCACCAUGAUAUAAAGCCAAGCAACAUCUUUGUAAGUCUCUCCCACCAUGACUCCAAAAUAAGCAUUCAGUUAGGAGAUUUUGGUUUAGCUUGCCCAUUGCAAAGCUCUCAUGUAGGGGUUGGCUUCGGUACACCGCUGUAUGCAGCUCCUGAACAGUUGGAUGGACAGUGCGAUCCAAAGUCGGACGUUUAUUCGCUCGGUAUAAUACUGCUCGAGCUGCUUGUACCGUUUUCGACUGAUAUGGAACGUGCGGAAACUAUCAAGCAAGUACGGCGUGGUGAAUUUCCACCAGGUUUGGAUCGUGAUUUUAUGGGACUGUUGAAGAAUUUGCUUCAUAUGCAACCUUCGAGAAGGCCCGGGAUGCAUGAUCUGGUGGAAGCCGUCAAUCGUAUUCGCAUUAAUCGCGAUCGUGUGAUAUCGGAGUUGCGUAGAAGCUUAUCAUUGCGUGAGGAAGAAAUUUCAUGCUUGCGGACACAGAUCGACGAACAACAACGGGCACAGCUUGAGACCGAGGAGGAGCGUGUGCUGAUGGAGCAGCGAACCACCCGAACACUAAUCGUGAAAGAGCAGGAGCUGAUCUACAUGAACAUGGAGAUGCAAAACAAGGAGAUACAGCUGCGGAGUAAAGACAUGGAACUGCGCAGCAAGGAUGAGGAAAUAAAAAAACUCAAAGAAAUGUUACGUUCCUACCAAGAAAAGGAAGCGAAUGCACACGAACGGACAGAAGAUGAAAGAGAUUGAUAGGAAUUAAUUUACAUUAUAAUUAAAAGCACUUGCUUCGCGAAUAAUUAAGGUAACAUUAAGUGUUUGCCAAAAAGACUUAGCAUCUAGGUUAAUAAAAUGAGUAUUGUGAUGGCAUCAAUAAAUUAUGCAUUGAACAGUUA